AUGCGGCCAUCCACGGACUUUCAGGGCGUGCCGCCGUCUUCUUCAGAUGUGCGGCACCUCUCACUGCGCGGCCUCGCGGUCGGCCUUGGCGUCGGCCUUGUUAUAUGUUGCUCGAACAUGUACUUUGGGCUGCAGACGGGAUUCGUGAGCACCAUGUCGCUGCCGUCGAGUUUGCUCGGGUUUGGUAUUUUCAAGGCGCUCUCGCGACACCUAUCCUACCCAUUUUCGCCCGUCGAAAAUGUUCUAGUUCAGACGGUGGCUGGCAGCAUGGCAAUUGCUCCGCUUGGCUCCGGCUUUGUUGGCGUGCUGCCGGCUAUGAAUUACCUCAUGAACGCAGAUGAGAUGGGGCCGAUCAAGCUGUCACUGUUCAAAAUGAUAAUGUGGUCGCUUGGACUCUGUUACUUCGGUGUACUGUUCGCCGUUCCACUUCGGCGCCAGGUCAUUAUACGUGAGAAGCUGAAGUUUCCCAGUGGCUUUGGUGCCGCCGUCCUGAUUGGUGUUCUACAUGGGCGUAAACCGAACCUCGACGGAAGCAAAAUUCCCUCGGAAUUUGCAAGCCUUGCUGGUGAAGACAAUGUCCCGGCCCCGGCCCCGGCCCCGGCCCCAACGCCAGCCAUUUCUUCACCUAUCGUGGCUGGCUCUAGAGCUGACGAUAUUACGAUUGGCAACAACCCUGUCUCCGAACUCGAGAUACGCCGUCGUGAGGAGUGGCGGGCCAACCUGCGCCUCCUCCUCGUAUGCUUUCUUAUUUCCGGACUUUUUACCCUUGCCACAUACUUCUUUCCUGCUAUCCGGGACGUGCCCAUAUUUGGGUCGACAGCCGCUGCCACGUGGCUCUGGACUUUCAACCCGAGCCUUGCCUACAUUGGCCAGGGCGUUAUCAUGGGUCCGGCAACCACUAUGCAUAUGCUUUUAGGGGCUAUAAUGGGCUGGGCGGUCUUGUCUCCUCUGGCAAAGUACCGCGGCUGGGCACCUGGUCCCACAGAGGAUUGGGAGACGGGCAGCAAGGGAUGGAUUGUAUGGAUUUCCAUUGCCAUUAUGCUGGCCGACGGCAUUGUCAGUCUCGGUCAUGUUGCCAUUCGUUCUGCUUUUCAGUUUCAACCUGAGAUACAUGCAGCCAUUGCAAGUCGACUGCCCUCGAGUAUUUCCCAGUGGCCUUUUCAGAAGAAACUUACCUCUGGCUACACGGCCAUUCGAGGCUCAGAUACUGUACCGGAGGAGGUGUCGAUACCGACAAGUCCCCUCUCUGAAUUCACAACGUCUGUAGCAGGCCCAAGUGACGAAAACGAAGACGAACACCAAGGAAGUAUCGACGGACAGCCCGACGAUGACAUCCUAGAAAGGGACGCCCCACCAGAUCAACAUAUUGGUGUGAAGACAGUUGCGAUUGGCCUGGUUCUGUCUAUUGUCUUCUGUGUUGCUUGUAUUCGCAUUACUUUUGGCACACUUGUGCCUUUCUAUGCGACUAUAAUUUCUAUUACGAUGGCACUCGUUCUCAGUGUCAUGGGCGUCAGGGCCCUCGGCGAGACGGAUUUAAAUCCUGUUUCUGGCAUUUCCAAACUCACUCAGCUUUUCUUCGCGUUGAUCAUUCCAAGGUCACACAAAAGCAGUGUUCUUAUUAACCUAGUCGCAGGUGCCGUGUCCGAAGCUGGUGCUCUACAAGCCGGUGAGCUCAUGCAAGACCUUAAAACCGGUCAUCUCAUUGGUGCCGCACCGACGGCACAAUUUUGGGGCCAGGUUAUUGGAACAAGUGUCGGCGCAGUUGUCAGUGCUUGCUUGUAUAAGCUUUACACAUCAGUGUAUGAGAUUCCCUCCAAUCUUUUUCAGAUACCGACCGGUUAUGUGUGGAUCUUUACCGCACGCCUUGUGACAGGCAAGGGCCUUCCUGCGCUGGCCGGCGAGUGGGCUAUUGGCUCUGCUCUUUUUUUCGCGGCGAUUACAUUCUUGAGAAUACGGACUGCCGAAAAAUCAUGGCAUGCCUACAUCCCUGGCGGAAUCGCUGUCGCUGUCGGCAUGUACAACGUGCCAUCGUUCACACUGGCCCGUAGCGUGGGAGGGUUGAUCGCUCUGUAUUGGAGAAUUUCUAGCCGCAACGAAACAAGAGCCAUUGUGCUUGCGUCGGGAUUCAUCCUUGGCGAAGGCGUCUUCAGCGUUGUGUUCCUCAUCGAUGAGGAUAGCGUGUUUAGGCUUCGUCGAAUUGUACAAUCCGAGCGUGAAUUCCAGGACAUGUUGAAGCUCUUACUCAGAAAGAAUCCUCAGGCCCCUAUUCAAUGA